AUGGAGUCUUUUGCAGUACUAUUUGCUAUCGUUGCUACUGUAUUUGUGUGGAAUAGCCAGGCGGAACUCAUACGUGAGUGUUCAUGUAGCGAAAUAGGUCAAUGCCGAGAGCGAUUACUCAGUUUCGUAAAACCGUGCGCUGACAAAUGCCAGAUUGUGAGUUGGACAUCCAAUCAUAGCGGCACUCAUCCAAUAGAAGCACAAGCUGAUAAACGACCACAUCUAGUCAAAGUAGAACAACUUGCAUCGAAGGUGCAUGCGGACUAUCGUCUACUCAAGGACUGCUUCCUUCAACGCGAGCCACAAAUCCUGAAAACAAUCAGCUGCACGGAAACUGCCUUUAACAGCUCGUGCGCAAAAGAACCGGGACGCUAUGUCCAGAAGAGAUAUUUGGAAUCAUUAGAGAUUUCUGGACUGGAAGAAAUCAAUCGAAUGCUGGGAGGUCUGGCGCAGGAUGUGCAACCGUUAAUAGCGGUCGGAAGAAAAUUCACAAAAUGCGUGCGUGGGUGCAUGGACCGAUCAAGCCGAUACUGUGCUGAAAGACUUAAGUGUGGAUUGGAUCUUCCGUCCGAUUCGGUACUGGUACAAACAGCCAAGCAAUGCGCCAUCUCCAGUGGUUUCAGUACCGAAGCAGUGCAACAGUUCUGUAACUGUGCGGUAUCUUCCGGCCUUGAGUAUGUAUUUUUUCCAUACUUUUUAAUUUAUGCGGUGUAA